GCCUCGUGGAGGCCGCGACAUCAGGCAUCGUAACAUGGGGCUUACCAAGCAAUAUCUGCGCUAUGUUGCCAGUGCGGUCUUUGGCUUGAUUGGCAGCCAAAAAGGUAAUAUCGUCUUUGUGACACUUCGUGGUGAGAAAGGACGGUAUGUGGCAGUACCAGCCUGUGAACAUGUUUUCAUCUGGGACAUAAGGAAAGGAGAAAAGAUCCUCAUCCUUCAGGGCCUUAAGCAAGAAGUCACUUGCUUGUGCCCAUCCCCAGAUGGGCUGCACUUAGCUGUUGGCUAUGAAGAUGGGUCGAUCAGAAUCUUUAGUCUCCUGAGUGGAGAAGGGAAUGUGACCUUCAAUGGACACAAAGCAGCUGUCACCACCUUGAAGUAUGAUCAGCUGGGAGGCCGGCUAGCAUCUGGAUCCAAGGAUACAGACAUUAUUGUGUGGGAUGUGAUCAACGAGAGCGGUCUCUAUCGUCUGAAGGGCCACAAGGAUGCCAUCACCCAAGCACUGUUUCUACGAGAGAAGAAUCUACUAGUCACUAGUGGGAAAGAUGCCGUGGUGAAAUGGUGGGACCUUGAUACUCAGCACUGCUUCAAAACAAUGGUUGGCCACCGGACAGAGGUGUGGGGGUUGGUUCUGGUGUCUGGGGAAAAGCGCCUCAUCACAGGGGCCUCCGACAGUGAGCUGAGAGCUUGGGACAUCACCUAUCUGCAAGAGAUUGAAGACCUGGAAGAACCAGCGCCCAAGAAAACCAGAGGCUCUUCCUCGGGAACAGAGGGUGUGCCGGAGGAAGAAGAUGGUCCCCUUGCGCUGGACGAAGCCCCUGAGGACCGCAUCCUUAAGUGCAGCAAAGCUGGUUCCAUCAUGCGGGAAGGAAGGGACAGAGUUGUGACCCUCGCUGUUGACAAGACAGGCAGAAUUCUUGCCUGCCACGGAACUGAUUCUGUGCUAGAAGUGUUUUGCAUUCUUUCCAAAGAGGAAAUUCAGAAGAAAAUGGAUAAGAAGAUGAAGAAAGCCAGAAAGAAAGCAAAAUUAAAUUCUGUCCAGGGGGAGGAAGAAGACCUGGAAGUCCAUGUUGAAAUGAGUCUGCAGGAUGAAGUCCAGCGGCUGACUACUAUCAAGACUUCUGCUAAAAUCAAGUCCUUCGACUUGAUUCACUCUCCGCAAGGAGACUUAAAGGCCGUCUUCCUGCUGCAGAACAACCUGGUGGAGUUGUAUUCCCUGAAUCCAUCUGCGCAGACGCCUCAGCCCGUGAGGACCAGCAGAAUCACCAUCGGGGGUCACCGCAGUGAUGUGCGGACUCUGUCCUUCAGCUCCGACAACAUUGCUGUUCUUUCAGCGGCAGCUGAUUCUGUUAAGAUAUGGAACAGGUCGACACUGCAGUGUAUUCGCACAAUGGCCUGUGAUUAUGCACUUUGCUCAUUUUUUGUACCUGGCGAUAGGCAGGUGAUCAUUGGAACAAAGACGGGGAAGCUGCAGCUUUUUGACUUGGCUUCUGGAAAUCUACUGGAGACCCUUGACGCACAUGAUGGAGCUGUGUGGUCCAUGUCCCUCUCUCCAGAUCAGCGUGGCUUUGUGACAGGCAGUGCAGAUAAAUCUGUCAAAUUCUGGGAUUUUGAGUUGGUGAAAGAUAAAAAUAGUACCCAAAAGAGGCUGUCUGUGAAGCAAACCCGAACUUUGCAACUAGAUGAGGAUGUCCUGUGUGUCAGUUACUCUCCCAAUCAGCAGCUGCUGGCUGUGUCUCUGCUGGACUGCACUGUGAAAGUUUUCUAUGUCGACACUCUGAAGUUUUUUCUCUCCCUGUAUGGACACAAGCUGCCUGUUCUAUGCAUGGACAUCUCUUAUGAUGGGACGCUCAUAGCAACUGGCUCUGCUGAUCGGAACGUGAAGAUCUGGGGCUUGGACUUUGGGGACUGUCACAAGUCUCUCUUUGCACAUGAUGACAGUGUGAUGUAUCUACAGUUUGUAGCCAAGUCUCACCUCUUCUUCACUGCUGGAAAGGACCGGAAGAUCAAGCAGUGGGAUGCAGACAAGUUUGAACACAUUCAAACCCUGGAGGGGCAUCACCAGGAAAUAUGGUGCUUGGCCAUAAGUCCCAGUGGAGACUACGUGGUGUCGUCAUCCCAUGACAAGUCUUUGAGACUGUGGGAGAGAACAAAGGAGCCACUUAUUCUUGAAGAAGAAAGGGAGAUGGAGAGGGAAGCAGAAUAUGAGCAGAGUGUGGCCAAGGAAGACCAACCAGCAGUUCCAGGGGAGACUCAAGGUGACAAUUACUUUACUGGAAAGAAAACUAUUGAAACCGUCAAAGCAGCUGAGAAGAUCAUGGAGGCUAUAGAGCUGUACCGAGAAGAAACUGCAAAAAUAAAAGAACACAAAGCCAUUUGUAAAGCUGCAGGAAAAGAGGUUCCUCGUCCCAUCAACCCCAUCCUGAUGGCUUAUGGCAAUAUCUCACCUUCAGCUUAUGUGCUACAGAUUUUUAAAGGAGUCAAAUCCAGUGAGCUAGAAGAAUCUCUGCUUGUGCUACCUUUUUCUUACGUCCCCGACAUUCUUAUGCUCUUCAAUGAAUUCAUCCAGCAGGGCUCUGAUGUUGAGCUGCUGUGCCGGUGCCUCUUCUUUCUCCUCAGAAUUCACUUUGGGCAGAUCACAAGCAACCAACUGCUUGUACCCGUGAUAGAAAAAUUAAAGGAAACGACUAUUUCAAAAGUCAGCCAAGUCCGGGAUGUUCUUGGCUUCAACAUGGCUGGUCUGGAUUACCUCAAGAGGGAGUGUGAGGCAAAACGUGAAGUUACAUUUUUUGCCGAUGCCACAAACAACUUGGAAGAGAAGAAGAGGAAGAGGAAAAAGAGAGAGAGGCUAAUCCUAACAUUGACUUAGAACUGAAGUAUGAUGCCUUUUUCUACUCCUUUCUCAAAAGGACUUCCAAACUGAGCAGCAGGAGCGUUGACGUCACGUCAAGACCAACGAAAAGAGGACGUGCUGUGGACGCUGCCAGGAUGUGGACCCCCGCUCUGAGGGCGGGUCGGCAUGGUACUGAGGGCUCAGUUCUCAGACUCAGGGUCCCGAUGAGUUUAAAGUCUUUCUUUGUCCUCAGCCCCCUGCAGAAGUUGUUCCCUUUUUAGUUCCAGCAGGAAGCAAAGAAUUAUUUUUUUAAAUUUUGUAUUUAUUUCAGUAGCACUGAAAUGAACCUGUAGAAAUGUUGACAGCAGACGGUUUGAUGGAGCCUGUUAGCUCACAAUGUCGGGUUUCACAGUCAGGUGCACAGUCGAUUGUCCGUGCCCUGUAAAUGCAGCCAUGGACUUGUAGAAUGGAAAGUCUCGAAGUCAGAAGCGCAUCCCUUAACAUAAUCUCACAUUGUUUUAUAUCUGUCUAUAAAAAGACCAUAAGUCUGUUUAUAUUUCUGAAUUAGUUUUUUCUAAUUAAAUAAUAGCCAAACUGA